UUUGGAAAUCUUUGCAGGAAACUAUGUCUUUUUCCAUCUACUUCUGUCUUGACAGCCUCUCUCAAUGUAUGAGUGUUGAGUGCGCACCACGUCGCUCUCUCCACCACAUCUCACCACUGCGGUACGAGCGGGGAAGGGACCAAACACCACUUCCUCCACCACCUCCACCCCAGCAGCAGCAGCAGCUGUAGGAGCAACACACACACACGCAGACACACAGAGGGACACUCGCAGGCUCGCUCACUUGUUUCUGCGCCUCAGACUCCACGAGGCGAGAGUAUCUCGCUCUCUGCCGACUUUAUUACACAGGACCCCUGUUACCACAGAGGACGUAUAUCAACCCAACCCUGCAGUAGCCACAUCCACCACCACACAGGGACAACUUUGAGCUUUUGCUUUUCAUCCCCACGUCAGUGUAACCUUGGAAGUCGGACUGUCCAUGAUGAGAGAGAGGAUGGGACCGCUGCUUCUUUCCUUCGCCCUGUGUCUGUGCGCCGCUGUCCCGCAGCAUGCUAAAGCAGCAGAUGGUGAGGAACCAACUUCAGCAGGACCUUGCCAUCCAAACCCCUGCCACAACAAAGGAACGUGUGAGAUCAGUGAGACCUUCAGGGGCGACACCUUCAUAGGUUAUGUCUGCAAGUGUCCACCGGGGUUCUAUGGAGUUCACUGCCAACACAAUAUUAACGAAUGUGAAAGGGAUCCAUGUAAGAAUGGGGGAAUUUGCACAGAUCUGGUUGCCAACUAUUCCUGUGAAUGCCCGGGAGAAUACAUGGGAAGAAACUGUCAAUACAAAUGCUCUGGACCACUGGGCAUGGAGGGCGGGAUAAUCUCCAACCAACAGAUAACAGCCUCUUCCACCCACCGCGCUCUCUUUGGGUUGCAGAAGUGGUACCCGUACUUUGCACGCCUCAACAAGAAGGGACUGGUCAAUGCCUGGACCGCUGCGGAAAAUGACAGAUGGCCAUGGAUCCAGAUAAAUCUGCAGAGGAGAAUGAGAGUCACCGGCCUAAUUACCCAGGGUGCCAAGCGUAUCGGCAGCCCAGAGUACAUCAAGUCUUACAAAGUAGCCCACAGUGAUGACGGGAAAACCUGGAGAACAUACAAAGUCAAAGGCAAAGAUGAGGACAUGAUUUUCAGAGGCAAUGUGGAUAACAACACUCCAUCAUCCAACUCCUUCACCCCACCUAUUGAAGCACAAUACGUGCGCAUUUACCCACAAGUGUGCAGGAGGCACUGCACCUUACGCAUGGAGCUGCUGGGUUGCGAGCUAACAGGUUGUUCUGAGCCCCUGGGGAUGAAGUCAGGUCACAUCCAGGACUACCAGGUCACUGCCUCCAGUAUCUUCAGGACACUCAACAUGGACAUGUUCACCUGGGAACCUGGGAAGGCCCGCUUGGACAAACAAGGCAAGGUCAAUGCUUGGACAGCAGGACACAGUGACCAAUCACAGUGGCUACAGGUGGACCUGCUUGUGCCAACCAAGGUCACGGGUGUCAUCACCCAGGGAGCUAAAGACUUUGGCCACGUCCAGUUUGUUGGCUCGUACAAAAUUGCCUAUAGUAACGACGGCAAGUGGUGGACUAUAUAUCAGGAUGAGAAACAAGGCAAAGAUAAAGUAUUCCAGGGAAACUUUGACAAUGAAACACACAGAAAGAACGUGAUAAACCCCCCCAUUUAUGCCCGGCUGAUCCGAAUUCUUCCCUGGUCAUGGUAUGGUAGGAUCACCAUGCGUGCAGAAAUCCUCGGAUGCACAGAGGACGAGUGAAAGCCCCUUUCCCUCCAUAUUACUUGCUGUUGUUCCCUGCAUCCCCUGCUGGAAAAUCCCAUCCAGUAUUUUAAAAAUAAACUGUGCAGCCUGUAAAAAGAAAUCAAUUUCCAAUGGAUUUUUCAAGAAUAUGUGUUUGAUUGUGGUAGGUUGUUGUUUUGGUUUUUGUACAACCUGCCCCUAAAUUCACAUUUGUCAUUUUGGGUUAAGGUGUAAGAUCAGUCUUUUUAUUUUUAUUUCUUGAAGAGUUGUCAUCCUGUUUGGAAUGCAUUUCUGUAAUAUACAUUGGGGGUUGGGAUAAAGGGGUGGAGUCAGAGCGGUGAGUCUCAUUGUGGUUUUAACUAGUCACCAUCGAAGCUAUUGUACAGUGUCACUUUUUAAAAUGUGUCUGCCGUGAUUCAGUGGACAUAAUUAACCCGUUCCAUAUCAUAACCAAGUUAUACAAACACAGUGUAGACAACUAACAUUAUUAAACCUUUUUUUUCAGCUGCCACACUUUACUCAAGCCAUGCUUUUACCCCUUAAUGGACGCUGACAUUGUUACACCAAUCAAUUCACUAUUACUGCUCCUGUAUUAUAUGUAAAAGAGAAGUUGAAACUGCAUGGUGAGUAAAUUAUAAAUGUACAAUAUUAUGACAAAUAAUUCAAAUAUUCAAAAAAAACUAGCCCUGACGUCAAAGACUUUAAUUUAGGAACCUAUUUUUAUCUGCCUUUCUAAAUACUUCUGAAACACUAAAUCACACUGCAAAAAAGCUGACUGAAGAUGACUGACAUGUACGGACGAACAUGUACAGUGGAACAUGGAUCUGCAGCACUGACAAUAAGGCUUACAGACUAUCUGUAUUUGCUAUGUGUUUUCUACGUGUGUUAGGAUUUACUCUAUGUGCAUCUUUGUUGUUCUUUUCUCAGAGCUGAGAUGGACACUAAUGUAUUUUAAUGGACUUUUUUUCUUUUUCUUUUGGGGGGGUCUGAAUUGAAUCAGUAAUAAUGCUCAGGAUAGAUUAGCAACGUGUCAAAAAUGUCUUGUCUCUUCAUUAAAACAUUUUUGUAUUAGUGCUUGGGGAACUGCUAAAUAGGCGAUUGGUGAGUUUCAAUUUGUCCCUAAAUAAAGAGUCCAAAUGUUAAAAGAUCAUCCAUAUUCACUCCUACUUACAGUCGGCAGAAUUUCAAUUCAAAAAAUCCAUUAUGAGGAAUAUAUAAAUUAUAUGUAAUGUUUCAAACCCAGAGUGAUGAUGAUCCAUGACCUGUCUUGUUGUUAUUGUAGGGGUUGAUUCCUUAGGAUCAUACAUGAUUUAAGAACAAUUCAUUAACAUGUAACAAUAUGUUCCCAGGUCCACUGGCUAGUUGUAUUGAAUUGAAAUGACUGGAGAUUAAAAAUGUCCAAAAGUUACUUUAUCCCUGGUUAUACAGCAGCAAAAGCCUUUACAGUCUAUUCUACAUGGUUUUAAAAAAGAGCUGGAUUACUGAUAGGGAAUACAAGUUAUUCUUUAUUUUCCUCAAAUUAGGUGCUACAAUAAAAGUUUAGUCUACUUCUGUGGGCUGCUGAUAGUGCCCAUGGCAGUGGGUAGGAUAUAGAGUGGUGGGGUAAUAGAGUGGUGAGGUAACAUGUGUUUUAACAUCACAGGUCCUCAUCAAGCAUCAAGAAGAGCAAAUAUUGGGCUUUAGUUUUUACUGAAAUAGAAAAAACCUCCACUAUGUGCCAACAAAUCCAAUAUGGCCGCCUCCGUAUAGAAGUUGUGUUUCUGAUCCAUGAAAUUGGAAAUUUCAGUUGCGCUAACACUCACGAGUGUUUCAGUACUGUGGGCUAAAGUUCUGUUUUAUGUCAGUAAAAAUGUAAUGUAACAGUUACUGUCACAUUUAUUGGACAUUUCUUUUUGUUAAGAGGUGUUCACCACAAAACUGAAGCAGAACGUAAAGCGUUUUAAGUCAAAAGACAUUCCAGUUGAGCAAAUAACAAUAUAAUUUGCUGCUGUGGUAAAGAGUAAUUGUUGCCCAAUUUUAUCUGCACUAAAGUGCAAGAAUCAUUCUUCUGAUGAAAAAUGAGAACAUUGAUUGCUGUAAAUUGGUAACCUACAUUCCAGAGAGUCAUUGGCAAAAAGAAAAAAAAAUAUAUAUGUAUAAACAUAUACAUUAAAAAUCAGUUUUUUCUUAGCUUUUUUAUUGUAAUAACAGAUAACAGAUUUUCUUUUCAAAAAGAAUUAGAUAGAACUAUGUCUAACUGUCCAACUUUUUCUCCAUAUCUGUGUAGAGUAUGUUAGAGCCAAUGAGGGAGCAGUGCAACUACUUUGAUCAUUUCCUAUCAUAGUGACGUCCACUGGCACGUUGUAUCCCAGCAUAUCCAAACAGAUCUAAUAGUUUUUGCUUUGUGCUCAGCAUCGAUUGUCUCGUGCAUCGUAAGACUUCAUCUCAAGGCCCAGAAGUGCAAAGUGGAAAAUCACCGGUCUUUGUGUUUCUGUGUCUGCACUUCACUUAUUAUUUUGGGCCUCCUCUGUCUGUGUGUCAAUCACUAUCUAAAAAAAUGUACCUAUUGUGCUGGUUAAGCCUGAGGAGGAGAGUGAGGAUCUGUGUACAGUCAAAAAAAAGAUGUUGCUUCAGACAAAAAACUCUUUCAGUUUGACAAAUAAACAUCUGUUAAAA